AGUCGCAACAAGAAAAAAAUGUGCCUGGCACCAUGGUGACUUUCUUGUGUGAUGAUUUUUUUACGUUUGAUGUGCCUGCAGAGAAAUUCAGUCUUAUUUUCGAUUACACCUUCUUCUGUGCCCUUCCACCCUCGCUUCGCACGCAAUGGGGUCAAAGAAUGGCGGAUCUAAUUCCCAGCGGAGGCACUUUGAUAUGCCUCCUUUAUCCUAUAGACGGUCAUGAAGGCGGUCCUCCAUUUGCCGUCACUGUAGAAGCAUACAAAGCCGCCUUGGAACCUUCUUUUGAAAAUAUUUACCUGGCUGACUGCAAGGGUCAUCAAACUCGCGCUGGCAAGGAAAAAAUUAGUAUUUGGAAACGGCAAUAGGAUUUCCCAAUGUCAUUUCGCUCGCUCAAAAGAAUAGCUCGAUGGCCAGAUGUCGUUUCCAUUAUUUGAUGCUUGAGCAAUAAACUAGCCUUUAUGUCAGUUGCCAAACGGGACAUAUCUCCGGAGUACAAGUGUACCACAUUAAAUUUUAGUUUCCUUGAUA